AUGCAGGACGGCGUCGCACAAGGCGCAUGGGAUCCUCACUCGGCGGAUGCGUUCGCGUGCGGUGUGGACGCUGACGUCGUCGUGUUCGACGCGCGCACGGCGAGUCGCGCGCAGACGAUUGAAAAGGCGCACGCCCAGCAAACGCGCGACGUGCGAUACAACCCGAACAAACCGCACGAGAUGAUGUCGUGCGGCGACGACGGAUUGCUCAAGAUGUGGGACGCUCGCGCGCACGAGCGGCCGUUGAAAGUCGUCGCCGGGCACGAGCACUGGAUUUGGAACUGCGCGUACAAUCCCGUAUACGACGCUCUCACGCUCAGCGCCGGUUCCGACGGCACCGUGCGUCUGUGGUGCGAUGACGACGCGUUACCGAGCGACUCGCACAGCGCUUCACGCGCGGACGCUCGAAGCGGCAUUCGCGCCGUAUCCCGCCGCGUCGUCCGCGCCGACUCCGUUUCGGCGCGCGCGUGCGCGUGGAGCGCCGCCGACCCUUGGACGUACGCCGUCGUCACCGCCGACGGCGCCUUCACCGCGCUCGAAGUUCCGCGCGAGGAAAAAUAUAGAAUUCUCCUGUAA